CGACGCUCGGUCGCGACUUUCACGACUCCCCACCAAGCCAAUGCCAUAUCCGUCCUCAAGUCCGAUGUCGAUACCGACUCCCCCGAGUUCAAGGAGAACGAGCGCCUUAUGGGCGAGGCCAUGGCCCGUCUAGAAGAGCUCACCCGCAAGGUUCACCAGGGCGGUCCCCAGAAGGCGCGCGAGAAGCACCUUUUGCGCAAGAAGAUGCUCCCGCGUGAUCGCAUCACUGCAUUGAUUGACCCUGGCACAACGUUCCUAGAGCUUUCUCCUUUGGCUGGCCAUGAACUCUACCCUGAGGCAGAUGUGCCCGCCGGUGGCAUCAUUACGGGUGUGGGUGUGGUUGAGGGCGUUACGUGCGUUAUCGUCGCCAAUGAUAGCACGGUCAAGGGUGGCACUUAUUAUCCCAUUACGGUCAAGAAGCACUUGAGGGCACAGGAGGUUGCCAAGGAGAACAACCUUCCCUGCAUCUACCUGGUCGAUUCUGGUGGCGCCAACCUUCCCCAUCAGUCUGAUGUCUUCCCCGACCGCGAACACUUUGGUCGCAUCUUCUUCAACCAAGCCCGCAUGUCCUCUCAAGGUAUCCCCCAGAUCGCCGUGGUCAUGGGUCCCUGCACCGCCGGCGGCGCCUACGUCCCCGCCAUGUCCGAUGAGAGCAUCAUUGUUCAAGAGCAGGGUCAUAUCUUCCUUGCCGGCCCACCGCUCGUCAAGGCCGCCACCGGCGAGGUUGUCAGCCCCGAAGAGCUUGGUGGCGGCGCCAUGCACUCCUCCGUCUCCGGUGUGACCGAUUACCUCGCCGUUGAUGACGCGCAUGCCAUCGUGCUCGCCCGCCGCAGCAUUGCCAACCUCAACUGGCCGCGCGGCUCCUCCACAGGUGCCGUCACCCCGGCCGACUUUGAGCAGAAAUUUGAAGAACCGCUCUAUAGCGCCGACGAGCUCUUGGGCAUCGCCUCCACUAACCUGCGCAAGCCCCUACCCAUCCACGAGGUCAUUGCCCGCAUCGUCGACGGCUCCGCUUUUGCCGAGUUCAAGCGCGACUACGGCACCACGCUCGUCACGGGCUUCGCCAAGAUCUACGGCCACCGCGUUGGCAUCGUGGCCAACAACGGCAUCCUCUUCAGCUCUUCUGCUCUUAAAGGCGCACACUUCAUCGAGCUUUGUGCCCAGCGCGGUAUCCCGCUUGUCUUCCUCCAAAAUAUCUCGGGCUUCAUGGUCGGUCGUGACGCCGAGCGCGAGGGUAUCGCCAAGAACGGCGCCAAGCUAGUCACGGCCGUGGCGUGCGCGGACGUGCCCAAGUUCACAGUCGUCGUCGGCGGCAGUUACGGCGCGGGCAACUACGGUAUGUGUGGACGGGCGUACUCACCCAGGUUCUUGUGGAUGUGGCCAAACGCUAGGAUUGGCGUCAUGGGUAGUGAGCAGCUGGCGAAAGUGAUGGAGACGGUGGGCACCAAGGCGGAUCCUGAGUUGCAGGACAGGAUUGAGAGGGAGAGUGAUGCAGUGUUUUCGAGCGCCAGGCUUUGGGAUGAUGGUGUUAUCCCGCCGCAGCAUACGAGGAGGUACUUGGGACUUGGUUUGAGGGCGGCGUUGGGUGGAAGAAAUGAGCAGGCGCCUAGGGGGACCAAGUUUGGUGUCUUUAGGAUGUAGUUUAGCGUGUUACUCGAAGUUAAUUAAUUGCUUAUCGU